CCAGGCAGAUUUUUAAACAAGAAAUCUGAGCCUCUGAAAAGGAUUAUUGGCUAGAGCUUCUGCAAAGGUUGUGAGGUAAAAGACUUUGCGUUUCCCAGCACUGUAUGAGGUUCAGCUUGGAGACAUUCCCUGGAAGAACACUGCAAAAAAGUGCAAUGGAGGCCGAAGGGGACCGCUUUCUCAGACAAAGGCAAGUCCUGCUUCUCUUUGUUUUUCUGGGUGGAUCUCUGGCUGCGUCGGAGUUGAGACGCUAUUCUGUGGCUGAGGAAAAAGCGAAGGGCUUUUUAAUAUCUAACCUAGCAAAGGAUCUGGGGCUGAGGAUAGAGGAAUUGGCUGCAAGGGGGGCCCAAGUUGUGUCCAAAGGAAACAAACAGCAUUUUCAGCUCAAUCAUCAGACAGGUGAUUUGCUCCUGAAUGAGAAAUUAGACCGAGAGGAGCUCUGCGGCCCUGCAGAACCAUGUAUACUGCAUUUUCAGAUACUACUGCAAAACCCUUUGCAGUUUGUUACAAAUGAGCUCCAGAUCAUAGAUGUAAAUGACCAUUCACCAGUAUUCUUUGAAAAUGAAAUGCAGCUGAAAAUACUAGAAAGCACUCCACCAGGAACAGUAAUUCCUUUGGAAAAUGCUGAGGACUUGGAUGUGGGAAGAAACAGUCUCCAGAACUACACCAUCGCCCCUAAUUCCCAUUUCCACGUACUCACACGCAGUGGUAGGGAUGGAAAGAAGUACCCAGAACUUGUACUAGACAAAGUGCUGGACCGAGAGGAGCAGCCAGAGCUCAGCUUAACGCUUGUGGCGCUGGAUGGCGGCUCUCCACCACGGUCUGGGACAGCCCAGAUCCACAUACUGGUUUUAGACAUAAACGACAAUGCACCAGAAUUUGCACAGUCACUCUACGAGGUUCAAAUUCUGGAGAACAGGCCCAUUAACUCUGUCAUUGUCACUGUGUCAGCUUCUGAUUUAGAUACAGAAAAUUUUGGGACAGUAUCAUAUGCAUUUUUUCAUGCUUCUGAAGAAAUUCGCAAAACUUUUCAACUAAACCCAGUUACUGGUGAUAUGCAACUAAUAAAAAGUUUGGAUUUUGAAGUCAUUAGUACCUACGAAGUCGUCAUAGAAGCCAAGGACGGCGGAGGCAUUUCAGGAAAAUCCACAGUCAUAGUUCAGGUGGUUGACAUAAAUGACAACCCACCAGAACUGACUUUGUCCUCAGUUAACAGCCCUAUCCCUGAGAACUCAGCAGAGACCGUGGUGGCUGUUUUCAGUGUUUCUGAUCUAGACUCUGGAGACAAUGGAAGAGCGAUGUGUUCCAUCGCGAACAAUCUCCCCUUCGUCCUGAAACCAUCCGCAGAGAAUUUCUACACCUUAGUGUCAGAAAGAGCGCUAGACAGAGAAAGCCAAGCUGAGUACAACAUUACUAUCACCGUCACUGACUUGGGGACACCCAGGCUGAAAACAGAGCACAGCAUAACCGUGAUGGUAUCAGAUGUCAAUGACAACGCCCCCGCCUUCACCCAAACCACCUAUACCCUGUUCGUCGGCGAAAACAACAGCCCCGCCCUGCACAUAGGCACCAUCAGCGCCACAGACAGGGACUCAGGCACCAACGCCCAGGUCACCUACUCCCUGCUGCCACCUCAGGACCCGCACCUGCCUCUCGCCUCCCUGGUCUCCAUCAACUCAGACAACGGACACCUGUUCGCCCUGAGGGCGCUGGACUUCGAGGCCCUGCAGGCGUUCGAGUUCCGCGUGGGCGCCACAGACCGAGGCUCCCCCGCGCUGAGCAGCGAGGCGCUGGUGCGCGUGGUGGUGGUGGACGCCAACGACAACUCGCCCUUCGUGCUGUACCCGCUGCAGAACGGCUCUGUGCCCUGCACCGAGCUGGUGCCCAGGGCGGCCGAGGCGGGCUACCUGGUGACCAAGGUGGUGGCGGUGGACGGCGACUCGGGCCAGAACGCCUGGCUGUCGUACCAGCUGCUCAAGGCCACGGAGCCCGGGCUGUUCAGCGUGUGGGCGCACAAUGGCGAGGUGCGCACCGCCAGGCUGCUGAGCGAGCGCGACGCGGCCAAGCACAGGCUGCUGGUGCUGGUGAAGGACAAUGGCGAGCCUCCGCUGUCUGCCAGCGUCACGCUGCACGUGCUGCUGGUGGACGGCUUCUCCCAGCCCUACCUGCCGCUCCCGGAGGCGGCGGCGGAGCAGGCCCAGGCCGACUCGCUCACCGUCUACCUGGUCAUCGCCUUGGCCUCGGUGUCCUCGCUCUUCCUGUUCUCGGUGCUGCUGUUCGUGGCGGUGAGGCUGUGCAGGACGGACAGGGCGGCGUCUGCGGGUCGCUGCUCGGUGCCGGAGGGCCACUUUCCGGGCCACCUUGUGGACGUCAGCGGUACUGGGACCCUAUCCCAGAGUUACCAGUAUGAGGUGUGUCUGACAGGAGGCUCAGCGACCAAUGAGUUCAAAUUCAUGAAGCCGAUUAUACCCAACUUUCGUGGUCAGGGUGCUGAGAAGGUUAGUGAGGCAAACCCUAGUUUCAGGAAUAGCUUUGAAUUCAUUUAAGUAUUUAUAAGGGCCUACUCCUACUGAGACUAGUCUCAGUUAAUUUGUGCAAAAUUGUUUUUUAUUGCUUUGUCCAUUGGAAAGAUGUCACUUUGGGUCUGGUUCAAGUGAUGUAAGCAGUACUAGAGCUAAAUUGCAGUCCAGGAAUAGCUCAAUUUUCACUAACAAAGGAAUCAAAAAGUGGUUGUUCAGCCAUGAAUGUUUUCUUUUUUAAUCAAGAAACCUUAGUUGAUAGGACAUUUUGUUUAUAUAUUGAUUCUCCUUUCUAUGUAGUUUGCUAAUCCAAGUGUAUUUUUCUUUUUCAUCUGUUUCCUAAUUUACCAACACAGUCUUAAUGGCUCCUUUUCUUUUAAUGAGCAAAAUUUCAUUAUCUUUUAAUAGUGAUUUCAAAUAGUUUUUAACUAAUUUCAAAUUCUUUAUUUACAGCAAUGUCCAGAUUUCCAAGCCACUAAUUUUAUAAUAUACUUUGUUGAAUAUAUUCAUAUAAUAUACUUUAUGAUAUUCCUAAAGCAGCUUUGUCUAGGAUUAAAGAAGUUUGAGAAUAGAUAAGAAUGUGAUUUCUUCAAGAUAUAGUAAUAAAUCAUCUUUUUAGAGGUAUAGUCCUCAAAUGAAAGUAAUACAUGUAGUUCAAGUUCUGUGUGGACAUUGCAAUUAAUGUUUCAAUAUUAUAUAUGCUUACUUUGGAUGAAAACAUAGACUACUAUGGCCAAGCCCUCUUCGUUUUUCCUGCAGUAUAUUCUUGAUGACUGAGGGCAAGAAACUAAACCUACACCAAUUUAAACUGAUUGUUCAUUUCCAUUUGACACAAAGACAUUGUUACGUAAAGCAUCUUGUGGGAUGAAAAUUUGUUUUUGAAAUACUGAAAUAUAAAUUUUUUUAAACCUGAAGGUCAUUUUUUUAAAUUUCAAGAAUUUUACAAGGACAUGUGAUCUCGAAGUGUUUUAGGGUAAAACUACUGUCCUAUCCAGUGCCAUUUUAUUAUUAACAGCUACUUCACAUUUACUUGGUAAUAUGGGAGGCAAGUAUUUUCUUGCUUUUGUCUUGGUUUCUUUCUUCAGAUUUCAACUUAACAUGAUUUAGGAUUAUAUAUGGUCUUUUUAGGAUAGAAGAGCCAUAUCCACAUUCUGCCUCUUACAAUGUAAUUAAAAAGAUGUACAAGAAUAGAAAGUUAUAAAAAAGGAGAAAGCAAUAUCAUUGUCAAAAUCUGAAUUAGCUACACUAAGAAUAAAAUCUGGAAGCAACUAAAACAUCAAAUCUUUUGACUAUUUUGAGUGAAAUAGAAAAACUUAAGUAACAAAACAUUAAGAUCAGAAUUAGAGAAAUUUAUUGGAAAAAGAUAAGUUUCUUCUCACAGGUAUUUUCUCAUCCAGAGAGAUAAAACUUUUCAGGAAUUGGAUACUCAUAAUUAGAAAAAAAGAGAACUGAAGUUCUCAAAGAUUUUAAAAAAUUCCAACACAGAAAAUGAAUUAAAGAUCAGCAUGGUUUUAAUCAUAUGUGAAAGUAUAGUUAUCACAUUGCAAUGGUGUCAUUUUAUGUAACUGAGCAUCAAAUGCAUUAAUCUUUAAUAACCAGAGGAAAAAUAAUAUAUUUAACUUUAAGUACUUUAUAGAGAUAGUUUAAUCUGGCUCUUUCAGCCAGAAUUUUUAUUCUUUUAAUACUUACCUGAACUUUCAUGAAGAUCAGGAAAAAGGCAAAGAAUUCUGAUGAAGUUUGUUCUUUAUUUGGCUGCCUUAGUCUCAGGUAGUGUGAGAGCCUGGAAAGUAUUCAGUUGUUGAAAGUAUAGAGGGCAGUUGGUUUUAAGGCCAAUGUGGGAUAUGAUCCUAGACUAAAGUUGGAAGGGCUGAGAAGUCAUUUAAAUACUGAAGAUAGAAGAACAGAUGUUAUUAGUAACUUAGUUCAUAAAUAGACUGGAUUUACACAUUGUUGAGAAAAUGAACAGAAUUUAUCAAAACCAGAAAAUAUAAUCUGAAAUAAAUUUGAAGAUAGGAAGCAAUUACACCUUACUCUUGGUUUAAAGUUGCUUUUAUGGUAGGACAGUUAAAAACCUUUUACCCUUUAUUUGAACACAACUUCCAAAACAUACUUAUCUCAAUAUGUCAUUAAGUACAGAGAGGGUUCUAUAUCUAUAGUACUAACUAUUGUUGCCACUUUUUGGAAUUCCACAAACUGAAAGUCUGGCACAAGGUAAAAGGGGUGACUAUGUACAUUAAUAAUAAUUUUCCAGUAAUUUUUCCUCUAAGAUGGCUCAUAAAUCCAUUACUACAAAUUGUUAACAAAUUCUCACCAUAUUCCAAUUGUCAAAAAGUAAGAGAAAUUAAAGGAAAAAAUUGACUCUUCACUCCAGAAUAUAUUCCAUGAUAUUCCUAGGCUGUAAGCAACUUGAAGGUAGAAUCUGUUUCUAGUUUAUUCAUUGUUGCAUUUCCAGCACAGAACACAAUGCCUCAUACAUUGUAGAUGCUCAAUUUGUAUCUGUUAAGUAAAUGAUUUUUAAAAUAUUGGGAAUUAAAUGAAUUUUCUCUGUACUUAAAAUUUUAUUUGGACCUGAUCCACACAUUGAAUUUCAAAAGAACUAUCUGUACUCAGAAAUGUAUAUAGUGCAAAAGAAUAAUUCUCCAUAGAGGCAAUUUAUUAUUUAAUGGUCUCCACUGUUUAUUGAGACUUCUGGAAACUCAUAGAAUUGUAAAAUAAUAUGUUAGUCCCUAAUUUGGUUCAAAAUUGAUCUUGUUCACAUCAUUAAUUUCAGAGACAAAGAAGAAAUUAAGUAUAAGAGUUUUCUGUACAUUAACUUCCUGAAAUCUGUAUUUAAGUUCCCUGGCUUUGAAUUGAUGCUUCUAUUGAACUUUGAUUAGUCUUCUUGCUACCAAAAUGAAAUAAAAUUGAAAGAUCA